UUCAAUGGCCAAGGGUCUCGGCUCCAUCAUUCAUUUCAGGGUGAUCAGUUCCGCAAAGCCUGGCCAGAUAACUCCCCCCACACCAUUGCCUUUUCUACCUCCAGCCGAGCUAUGAUCUAUUUGUGCUCCUGAACUUCUGCUUUCGCCAGGAAAUAAGCACGGCUGCCUAGUCAAAUGAAUAACAGAGGAAAGUUGUCAAAAACUGCCUUCCUUUUCUUGCUUGCUUAGAAAUGCAACCAGCUCAGGACAAAACUUGCACAGAUCAUUUUGACCAAAGCAUGGAACCUGCGCUAGAGCUACCAAAAGCAUUGGAAGAGAAAGCGGACUCACCAGAUGAGCAUGGAAGCCAGGAUCCCACCCUUCCUGAAGGAGGCAAUGGGACAGCGGUCAGAGAGCAGCCUUCCCAGUGUAGCGAAGAGCCUCCAUGCCAGCAGCUCUCCUUCCAACAGGAGACAUUGGACCGGCAGGUCUUGGAGCACAUGGAGGUGGCUCUUUUCCUGAGUCCAGAAGAACAGCAGAGGCGAUGGCUUGCCAUUCUGACCACUUUUCUGAAGGCCUGGGAGCAGUCAGAUGGCAGUAUCUAUUUUCCAAAUAUCCAGCUUUUAGCAAGUGAAACUUCAAGUUUUCUGGUGAAAGAAAUCAAGAAGAAAAUGAAUGGAAAUCCAGCAGAAGACGCUCGACUCCUUGUGUGGCAAUUUCUGCAGUGGAAGGGAGAGCUGGAUUCUGCCGGUUACCUGCUGCUAAAAUCGAUCUACUCACUUUCAUUCUACACCUUGGAACAGGAACUCAGGUGGAAUCUAAUCAAGUCUGGGUUGCCUGUGACGUUGCUGCAGUGCCUACACCUCUUCUAUGUAUCUGCCCUGGAAGCAGCUCCUGUGGACAGGGAAGAGGAGCAGCAGGCCAUACGGAAGACCCAAGAAAUGCUGGUGCAGACAAUGGUCAAUAUUUAUGCAGAAAAACAAGGCGUGGAGAUGCUUCUCAUGUCUAGUCAUCUUAAAUCUUUGAUCAUAGCAAGAUCCUCCCUCUGGGAUCAAGGCAGCCCUGCUUGGAAACAACCUACAAGUCAAGUGCUACAAACGAUUUCAAAGGCUCUUUCCAAGACCACUAUUUCAUACCUGCAAGAUUGUAUCAAAACUUCUAUUCACACUUUGUCACAGCUUGAUGAUUCCUCGCCUACUUGGGAAGUAUGUGACUCCAUCAAUAUUAUCCUGCAUUUUGUGAGGAAUUCCUACCCGAUUUCCCCGGCCUUGCUUUUGGAGUUUGAGAACAAUGGUGGCCACCAGCUACUGUUGAAUUUUUUUUUAAGAUAUGAAGGGCCACUGGACAAAAAAGAAAAUGCCAGCAUCAAAGAAACACUGGAUUUAGUGACACAAUUGACACUUUGUGGAGAAACUGAACUGAGUGUUUCACCCAAUAUAGUAUAUCCACAACUGCCACGGUUCAAUGAGAAACUGCCACAGUUUAAUGAAAAGCAGCCCCUUUCUUCUGGAAAAAGAAUAAGGAACCUGAAAGCUUUCCAAGUACUAGAACUGCUUUUUCAGAAAUCCAACAACCCAAAUCUCUGUCAGUACAUUUUGCUUGUCCUGAAAUCCAUCUGGACCUGGGACCCCAUGAAUUUCUUCCUGCUCGAGUGGUCUCUGCAGCCCAUCUGCCAGUUUGUGGGGGUCAUACCUCUCAAGCCUUUCCAGGUCCAGGCUCAGUUCUUCCAGCUGGUGGAGUCCGUGGUGGAGGACCUGUCUUAUAUUCCUCACGAGAUUUUGAAGAAGAUCCAGUGUUUGAUUAAUGAGAACGCUGAGCCCUCGUGCGCCUCGCUUGCCUUGGGCUGCCUCCAUAGCAUCUCACAGAGAGACCCCCUCUUGACGGAUAUCUUCAGGGAUUCUGGACUUUUAGGAAUGCUGCUUGUUCAGUUGCGUAAAGAAGCCAAAAGACUGGUAAAGAAAGGACAGCCAUCUAUAUCCAGUGCCACUCAUGAGGAAAUCGAUCUGGUUUCUUGUCAUGCAGGAAGCAUUCAAGAAAGUCCUCAGGUGUCGGAAGCGGAGGGUCUCCUCAAAUGGAUUCUGAAGAUGGCAGCUGCUCUGGUGGUGGGAUCUGUCAGGAACACAGUGAUUCUCAGGGACUACGGCAUGGUGCCCUACAUCAAGAUUUAUGUGGAUAGCGAGCUGUACCGAAGUGACGCCGUGAACAUCCUGGAGCAGUUGUCCAUCAUCAACCCUGAGGAGUACAUGAGCUCCAUUGUUGGGGCUCUCUGCUCCUCUACUCAGGGUGAACUACACUUCAAGCUGGAUCUACUUAAAUCUCUGUUGAAGACGCUGGUGAACCCCAAGGGUCGCUCUGCCUUCAGAACCAGCAGUGGCUUCAAUGGGCUGUUUUCCCUUCUGGAUGACAUGGAAGGUGCCUUGCAGGACCCGCCUUCAGGUGUCUGGGCCUCCUUUGGCCACAGCCACAUACUAGGACUGAUACUACGCAUUCUCCAGACAAUGGCAGCCGCUCUUUACUCGGACCCUGCCAAUAAGGCCUUCUUCCAGAAGAACGGUCUCUUUGAGAGGAUGGCGGAGGACCUUGGCAUACUUGGCUGCUUUUCAGCACAAAGGUGGGGACAAAUUCCUAUGCAGAUCAACAAACCACGAUCCUUUGUUGAACUUUCAAAUACAGUUGUUUGCUCACCUGAGCUUUUCCCAACUCGGCUAAAAAGCUGCAUCAGGAUAUUCAGCUUCCUUGAUUCCAUGGCCAAGAAGAACCCCUUCGACCUCAAGAGCUGCUUGGAGGAAACAGAUCCUCCCACAUUGGGCAUUCAGGAUGGGACAGAAAAUCAGCAAGAAGAUUCUCCAGGGAAUCUUUGGGACCAUAGAAAGUCCAGCAAAGUAGCUGCUGUCCAGCUGCCAGAACCCCAGAACAGGCCACGAAGUGAGGACUCAGUGAUUGUGUGUCCUGGAGCCCUUUGUGUCAUGGUGACACUGAUUGGCAAACUCUACAAUGAAGCUUACCCUGAGUUAUCCCUGGAAAUCCAAUUCGCUGUGGCUGACCAUAUUCAAUCCUUGAUGGGCUUGGAGAAGAACCGCCAAGUGGCUUGUGCAGCUGGCCUGCUGGGCAGCCUCAUCAGCUCCUGCCCAGAAGUUCUGCACAAUGCAAGCAGCCCCCUCCACCCGCCUCUGAUCCGGCUGUUCGAGAAGCUCGGCUCCCAGUCCAUUCAGCCCGAGGUCUUAAGACAAUUCCUGUGCCUACGGAUGAUGCCCCUUCCCAUAGCUCCCCCACCCCAUGUAAGCCGCCCCCUGGCAUCCCUAAGUGACAGAGAGGAAUUGGACCAAGUCAAGAGGAGGACAGCCCAGAAGAUGGUGGAUCUGCAACCCAAAUCCUGUGAGAAAGAGCUAAAAGGUUCUGAAAUAGCUGCAUGGAAUGACAGCCCAAAGCAAACUCUGUUGGGUUCUGACCUACCUGAGUGUUCUGCAAUGGUUCUCCAAACGGCCAUGAGUCUCAUUUCCUUGACAACCCCACGCAGCCUGCAUCUGCACAGCGCCUGCCUGGCCCCUUCCUUUGUGGAGUUUGACAUGUCCCUUGAAGGAUACGGCUGUUUGUUUAUCCCAAGUAUGGCCACCAUUCUAGGCCAAAGCACUGAACGCUCUGUCUUGGGAGGAACCGGAAAAGGCAUCAGGCGGUUCCCCCCACCAGAUGGCCUCACUUUUUCCUCCUGGUUUCUGAUCAAUAAGUUGAGUUCAGCUCGUGAUUACCACCCGCUACGUUUCCUUACCUUGAUGCGUCACAUGGCGAGAACCGAAGAAGUCUUUGCUUGCUUUGCAGUGCGGUUUUCUCCCGUGGAAGGUUGUCUAACCAUCUCGACUGAGGAAGUGGCAUUUGAAGCUUUAGACACGAUGGUACCUGAAGAUGAGACCUCUCUUCUGAGCCAAGUUCAGUUCAGAUGCGCUCCACUGUUCGUGACCGGACAAUGGCAUCACCUUGCUGUGACGGUGGCAAAAGAAACGAAGCAGAUCUGCACUGUUUCGGCCUAUCUGAAUGGCAGCCUGGUGGGCUCUGCGAAGAUGCAGUACAUCCGGCCACUGCCAGGGACUUUCACUUCUAUGGACCCUGUUUCUUUUAUUGAUGUCUUUGGCUUUGUGGCUACACCACUGAUGUGGAAAAAGAUGUCUUCCUUGUCUUGGCGCCAAGGCCCUAUGUUCUUAUUUGAAGAAGUUCUCUCCGUGAAAAUUCUGCAGCUUAUGGAAAAACUUGGUCCUAGAUACUACAGCAAUUUCCAGGCUGUGGAGUUUAGAGGAGAAGGCUCCUAUGGCCAUAUGCAGAUGGCUCCUUUGGUGACACCAGAGAAGAUUUCCUUUGGAAUCAACACCAGAUGCUCAUCUUAUACAACGGUUAAAGAUAUAAAAGACAGCUAUGGUGAAGUGGAUGGGCGUCUGGUUGCUAAAGAGCUGAAGCUGUCCUCUCGUGAUAAUACAACUCCUGUUUUCAUGGCUCAAAAUACUGCUGCAAAACUCCCUGGGUGCUUAAGAACAAUUGGUGCCGUUGCGGUGGGCCAGCACGGGACCCGGGUCUUCCAGUCCUGUCCGGCAGUGGUCAGCCUGAGUUAUCUUGGUGGCCCUUCUCUUCUGCUGGCUCUGCUGGCCAGGGCUCAGGAUGACCAUGCGGUUUAUGCGGCUGUCAAGGUCUUGCAGACCGUCCUGAGCUGCAGCGCAGUGAGUGAACGUCUGAUGGGGGAUGAAGGCAAUGGGUAUCAGAUUCUGGCAUAUCUGUUGAAAAAAAAGGCCCACCUAUUCAACAGCAGAAUUCUGCAUCUCAUUCUUUCCAUUGGUGGCAUCACAGAAGCUGGCUUAGAACAGCCAACAAUCAAAAACUUGGAGAUCUUCCAACAUAUUGUCUGCAAUUUUGAGCUGUGGUCCCCUGCCUCGGAAAACCUGGACCUCCCUCUCUUUAAACAUCUCACGGAAGUUGUCCAGUCCUCCAGAGGAAAGAAUUCCACCAUGACCCCCGUCCAGCAGGUGCAGAUGGUGCCAAAGCUUUUCCUUCUCCUUGGGGAUCCUGGGAUCCCGGCCUCUCGUGUCCAUCGGAUAUCUCUCCUCCUCCACCAUUCACUCCAGGGCCACUUCAGCAUCAAAGAUCUGUGCUGGAUUGGCUUAUUCUUGGUUUACACUUUAUGUCCUGCAUCCACUGAUGAAAAUGAGACCUUCUCCAGUAAUAUCCCAGAGGACUUAACUCAGGCACCUGGAAAAAUGGUCUGGCUUCGAAAUCAAUUGUUGAGCAUGCUGCUAGAUGUAAUACAACCAGACAUACUUCAUUUGUCCUCUGAGAUCCAAGAAGAAAUGUUCCAGGCCUUGGGACCUGACUGGUUCCUGAUGUUUAUGCAAAGUCACGUGCACAAGACCACAAUUGUGCUGGCAGCCAAACUGCUGUUCCAUUUCCUGCACAACCGCACAUACCUGCAUGAGUUCGGAGAGGGGAUGAUGGCAGGCCUGUGGCUGAGAAACAGCUUAGAGGGGCUGAAUAUUUUGACUGACAAUUUGAAGAGUGCUCCCCCAUUAUUUGAGUAUCAGCCAUAUCUGCUCUCUGGAUUAAUGGAGCUAAAGAUGUUCCUGAGCAGCUCAGCCCACAUCCCUGAGAUUUACCUCCUUCUCUCGGGACUUCUUCUGGACACACCAGUGUCUAAGCUACCUGAUGAAACUCAAACAGGUUUGGGUGCAAUGUUCGAGUGGCUGCUGUGCCACCAUCACACAGAGAUGGUAGUCAAAGCUGGCUUAUGUGCAGAGGCUGCCGUUCUGUUGCUGGAGAUAGUCUCGUCCCUGACCAGGCAGAAUCCCGCAGAGGGAGAGGAUUCCUGGCAAACCAGCUUCAUAAAGGAUAUCCUUCACUUCUUCCACCUGGUGUACCACAGAUACCCCCAGGACCCCCUCUGGUCAAGCCCUCCCUUCCUCCGAACCCUGGCCUUGGCUGCCUUCCCUUCUGGGCCACCCCAGACUCCAGCCAGGAAAGAAGUUUGGGACUUGGUUCAACCUCUCCUGAUGGGAAUAAUGCUGCUGGACUGGAGGGAUAAAAGUUGGCACCCCCUGGAGUUCAUGCUUGAGGCCUCUCCAGAGAAUGCUGCUAUUGAGCAAAAGAUGUGCUUCCAGACAGAGCUAUUGCUUUCCAUUAUAGAGAUUGUCUACAACCUUGGUCAAAAUUACAUGGAAACCUCCAGUUUAACAGGAAAUGAUGAUACCAGAAAGGUUUUGGAAUCUGCCAGGCCUUAUUUUCUAGUAAACGUUUGCUAUUUUAGUCGGAAGCUGGUAAGCAAACUUCAUGAGGGAGUGUUGGUCACAGAGCCGAGGAAGACCAUCCUUUUCAUCGCAGAGCAAGUACAGCUGGUAACAAGAAAACUUUUUCUCCACAAAGAAUCAAUUAUGAGCAACUUAUACAACUGUUUGAACCACAGCAUCUUGUACUAUUUAUCAAAUUCUACUUCUGGGUCCCAAAGUCUUCUGGAAGUUCUACAGAUACUUCAAAUGCAAUGGGAUGUCAUCUUUGCAGUACACAAUUCUAGUCUGGAUUUCAUCACAAGCUUUUUGUAUUGCCUAUUACAACUGAAAUCUAUCAGGUAUGGCAGAAAUGAUGAUACCAGAAAGGUUUUGGAAUCUGCCAGGCCUUAUUUUCUAGUAAACGUUUGCUAUUUUAGUCGGAAGCUGGUAAGCAAACUUCAUGAGGGAGUGUUGGUCACAGAGCCGAGGAAGACCAUCCUUUUCAUCGCAGAGCAAGUACAGCUGGUAACAAGAAAACUUUUUCUCCACAAAGAAUCAAUUAUGAGCAACUUAUACAACUGUUUGAACCACAGCAUCUUGUACUAUUUAUCAAAUUCUACUUCUGGGUCCCAAAGUCUUCUGGAAGUUCUACAGAUACUUCAAAUGCAAUGGGAUGUCAUCUUUGCAGUACACAAUUCUAGUCUGGAUUUCAUCACAAGCUUUUUGUAUUGCCUAUUACAACUGAAAUCUAUCAGCUAUCAUGAAAAUGGUGAGGCAAAAUGGAUGCCGGCUUCAGGUUGCCCUAUUUUUCUUGGCCCAAGAAAAGAGGAGGAGAGGAUCGAUGAUCUUUCUGCCCUGAAGGAUGUUCAGCAAGAGAUCCAGAGGGCAGCUGAGGAAAUCUGGCUCCGGCUUCUUUCUAGGAGAAGAAAGGAUUUAGAGGAGGCAUAUAAAACCUCUUUAUUUAAAGAGAAAGGAGAUGGAGAAGAGACAAUGAAGAUGGCUGAUGUAGCUCCUCUUUGGGAAGAGGUCAUGAGGAAGACCUGGCAGGCCUUUCUAGCGUCGGAAAAGAAAAACUCCCAGAGCAAAAUUCUCAUCGAUGUGUCCAGCAAGACAAGUCCUUUGAAUGAGAGCCUGACUCCUGGCAGGAACCAGAAACAGGAUUUUACAUCAUAUAUAGAAAAAUGCAGGAGAACUGGCCAAGAACUCUAUGCAGUUUUAUGCAAGGAUCACGUUGAGGCACAGAGGCAAUAUCUGGGUAGGAGUAGGAACAGGGGAGGAGACUUUGCUGUCUCUUUCCUACAGAGGUUGCUGUGCAUACACUUGAAGUCUGCCAAAGCCUGGACUGAGCUGGAAGACCGGCUUUUUCGAAAGGGAGGCCUGUGGGGGUCUGCGGUAGCUUCUCCUGUCACAAGGUGGGUCCUGGAUGCCUACGAAGGCCCUGCUCGGAUGAGGAAGAGGAUCCAGUUCCAAAUCGCCCACCAUACAGCGGAACCAUUGCAAAACAAGGCCCAGCAGACACAGAAGGGCGCAUCUGCUCCAGCUCAUGUGGAAAAUCAAGGUGAACCACCAGCCCUGAUUAGAGAAGGAGAAGCAGGUCAAGAUCAGCUGACAUUUUUUCCUGCCCUGUGUGAACAUCUCCAUUCGGAGGAAUUCUUGGAAGUCUGUGUGGAAAGGAAAAUUGUCCUCCAGGAAAUAGUCCGAGAUGAACAGGUUACCUGCCGGCUGUCGGUGGUGGUGAUGGAUGGACACGUAGCAUCGGAAGGGGUGCUUCUCCUUGGCCGCGACCACUUCUAUGUCUGCAAGCACUUCACCCUGUCUCACCUGGGGGAGGUUUAUUGCACGAGCCAUUGCUUGUCCUGCAUCAGAGAGCCAUUCAUUUACAACUUGUGCUAUGCAACGGAGGCCACGGCUGUGGAGCCCAUGUGUUCCUGCCAUUCCUACAGUGACAUUAGGGAGAUCCGGCCAAUGCGUUUCCUUCUGCAGGAGACAGCACUGGAGAUCUUCUUAAACAAUGGCUAUUCCGUUUUCCUUGUAUUCCACAACAACGACAGGAAAAGGUUCUUGACAAGAUUUUGUUCAAUGAAAUCAAAAGGCACCGCAGAUGAGUCUAUUAAUAUAAGAAAACAAUCAGGGGAAAAAAAGUCCUUCCUGUUGAAGUGGCAGAAGAGAGAGAUCAGCAACUUUGAGUACCUCAUGUACCUGAAUUCUCUGGCGGGACGGACGCACAGUGACCUGAUGCAGUACCCAGUGUUUCCGUGGGUCCUUGCAGACUAUCAUUCCCAGACUCUAGACCUGACCAAUCCAAGCACCUUCCGUGACCUCUCCAAGCCCAUGGGGGCACAGACGGAGGGGAGGAAAGAGAAAUUCAUCCAGCGCUUCAAAGAAGUGGAGAAGACCAAAGGUAACCUCUCAGCUCAGAGUCACUACUUCACCCACUACUCCUCUGCUAUGAUUGUGGCUUCCUAUCUGGUUCGCCUGGAGCCCUUCACAGAAACCUUCCGAUCUUUGCAGGGAGGGGACCUGGACGUUGCAGACCGCAUGUUCCACAGUGUGAGGAACACCUGGGAGUCAGCCUCAAGAGACAACAUGACGGAUGUCCGGGAACUGAUACCUGAAUUCUUUUAUCUCCCUGAAUUUUUAACAAACCACAACCACAUUGACUUUGGAUGCUUGCAGGAUGGGACCCGGCUGAACGAUGUGGAUUUGCCACCUUGGGCAGGAGGAAAUCCUCACCGAUUCAUUAGGCUGCACAGGCAGGCCCUGGAGAGCGAUUUCGUCAGCAGCCACCUCCACCACUGGAUUGACCUCAUCUUCGGCUUCAAGCAGCAGGGUUCAGCCGCAGUGAAGGCCGUGAAUACCUUCCACCCCUAUUUCUACAGCGAUCAAGUACAAAUGGACAGCAUUGACGACCCUCUCAUCAAGACCACCGUCCUGGGAUUUGUCAGCAAUUUCGGACAGAUCCCGAAGCAGAUUUUUACAAAACCACAUCCCUCCAGAAAUGCUGUGAGCCUGAGGAAACAUUCAGUGGGGAAAAACAGCUUCCUCUUUCCUUCUCCAGCACUCUCUGUCAGUAAUCUGUACCAUCUGAAACUGUCAUCAGUCAUUCCCAAAGAGGCACCACAUGGGCCUGUUGGUCAUAUUGUAUGCACAGAAAAGGGGAUUUUGGCUGUGGAGAAGGAAAGUAUUUUGCUUCCUCCACUAUGGAAUAAAACAUUUUGCUGGGGAUUCAGUGACUUCACCUGCUGUCUGGCUGAUUCUGGAUCAGACAAGAAGAUGACAGUCCUGGAGGCUCCGGCUGACUGGGGUGACUGCCUCUGUGCUGUGUCUCCCACACCCAGCAGCCUCAUCACGUCUGGAAGCAGCUGCGUUGUCUGUGUCUGGGAUCUCUGCAGGACCACAACGGGAGCCAUGGCCCUACAUCUGAAACAGCCUCUUUAUGGACACACACAGCCAGUGACCUGCCUGGCAGCCUCCACAGCCUACUGUCUCCUGGUGAGUGGCUCUGCGGACGGAUCCUGCCUCUUCUGGGACCUGAACCAGUUGACAUGCCUCACCCGGCUUCCUGCACACGAAGGAGGCCUCUUGGCGGUUGCCAUCAAUGAUUCAACAGGCGAAGUGGCUUCAUGCGCUGGAGUGACCCUGUACCUCUGGACUGUCAACGGGCAGCCCCUGGCCAAAGGAAAGGCCCCCUUAAGACCUGGAGGAAGGCUCUCCUGCUGCUGUUUCUUUGAAGUGAAGGACUGGGAUGCACAGAGUCUCAUUGUCACAGGGGACACAGAUGGCUGUGUGCAGGUCUGGAAGCUUGAAGCAGCCUCACCUAUGAGCCAGGGAGAGGAGCCUGUGGGAGAGGCCGAGACUGGCAAGUAUCAAGCCCAACAGGCAGGCGGCAGAGGGGAGAAAGUGGCAUUUGUCCUCCAGCGGGAGCUGCUGCUUCGCACGAGUCCCCCAGAAGGAGCCUCCCGACCCGCCUCGCCUGUCACAGCCCUGGCAGCUUCCAGGAAUUAUUCCAAGCUUCUGGCUGGCAAUGAAGACGGGAAGGUCUGCUGUUGGUCGGUUGAGGAGUAGAAGGAAGAAAUAGAUGUCAAUGUAAAUCCCAGCAAAAUCUCCUUCACUGAGCAAAGGAUGGGAUGGGUCCCUCUCACCUUAGUUGUGGGAACCUGAAAUGAUUAACUGAGGUGGGGCAGAUGGGAGAAAUUUUCAGGAAUAUUUGGCCCCAAAGUCUCUCCUCAGUUGUCGUGCAAGACCGAAAUAGCAAAUUCCCACGGGCUGUUUAAGAAGGCCCAGAGCGGGAUCUGUGGGGAGAUUUCUCAGAUUAUGAAGAGGCAACGAAGACGGGGGCUAAAAUUCUCCUCUUGGAAAGCCUCCGUCUGCCAUCACCAGCACCAAGGAACAAACUAAUCAACGAAAAUGUUCAGUGCACCUUUCAAUUAGUAUUACCUAAAUAUUAUUGAAUAAUGCUGGGUGUUAUUUAUUACCAAUAUUUUGGCUUUCCUGAAACUUUAGGAAUGGAGGAUUAAGUUUCACAGGAUUCAUCCUGAUAUCUGAAUUUCUAGCAGUUUCUUUUGUCCCUCCCGUUCUUUUUUUUUUUUUUUUUAAUGCCACACAACCACGGCUGUUGACUGAGACCCUGCUGAGUUUGUGUGUGUGUGUGUGGGAAUUAAAAUUUUCCACUUGGUCUGUUUUUCUUCUCUGACUAAUAGCAACCAGGGUGGCUGCUCUGGUUGUCCAUGAGCCGGUCUGAGUUGACUUGCGUCUCCUGGACCAGAAGCAAAAUCCAAACUGAAUUGUGCCAGAAUUGCUCUUGGGAAAGAUGAGAUGGGAAACCCACCCUCAGGGUUCUGGGGUCGCCUGUAUUUUGGUCUUGACAUUUCAAUUUCUCUGCCCAGCCAAACCUAGUUCAGCUGCCAGGGAUAGCUGCACCUGUGUUUAGGGCUUGAUGUGGGGCAUUUCCUCGGGAUGUUCUCAGUAGAGCCUGCAUGAUUGCUAUUGUUGCUAAGGAAAAUAAACUUUGCUCAAAGAGUCUGGUCUGAGCAGCCUGUAGAUGAACGAAUGACUUUGUCAGCAAAGAAGGUUGAGUGACAACUGUUCAUUCCAAUAUUCCACCGUAUGGAAAAUCAAAAGUGGCUCGUUCUGCACAGGUACCUGAGAGGCACAGAAAAGAAACCACGCUGUGGCCUCACCUAAAGUGACAAUCCAAUAGGCAUCAUAUUAGAUUUUUUGUUGUUGUUUUAAUCUCUGGCACCUUGUACAGAUUUCAGUUGUGGCCAUGAGACAUCUCUCUGCAGUCAACCUGCAGACAGGUGUCCAGCUGGACCCUCAGCCUCCCAGCAAGGCUUCUGCAUCAGAGGUCAGGGACACUAGAGGUUGCAUCCCCUCUUUGACCUGGCUUCCUAGCUGCGUUCUUGCAUUAGCUGAGUUCUGCAACGGGCCCAAGGCCGGGCCUCCUUCCUGGAUCUCCCUGGAGCCCUGCUGAGACAGCCGUGUCCCUGGGAUUCUCCUCAACUCCAUCUCCCCAUGGAGAAGCAGGAGGCUCACAGCUGCCAAUUGGUCUCUGCUUUCCUGGCUCUUCUUCUGGAUGGUGACAAGGGUUGAGCAGCCACCCACCAUUGACCUGCAUCAUUCAAUAGCUGCACAAGGGUUAUUUAGCAUCUCCGUCUGGAAUUUUCAGUCACGUGGUGGCGGUGGCCUGUGAGUAGAAUACAGAGUGGCUACUUUGCGUCUCCUUCUAUACAAACAUUUCUGUGUGUCAUGGCCUGAGCUGUGAUAAGUGGGAGUCAGGCUGGUGGAAAUCUACUCGAGCCUGCCUAAUUGUCCCAAACACAACGGUUCACUAGAGUGGAAAAUAGUUUUCAUCUAUCUAAGUGAAGAAGAUAAUGACCUUUUAAAUAACAGGAGCAAUUUUAUCUCAAUACAGCAAUUACUGUUUACUCUCAAAAUGCCAAAGUGCCAGGCACUUUCAAAAUAACUUAAUUUAGACAUUUAUAGCUCUUAGACACUGCUAGUUUCUUAUCUAACCUAAUUAUGGGAUGUUCAGGAAAUGGCAGAGCAUGCCAAUUAAUGUUAUUUUUUAUAGAGAUAAAUAGGAAGGGCCUUUGGCUCCCACCUUCCUCAGGCAGGAGCUGUCCUCCUUUGCCGGCUGUUUUUCCAGCCCCGCCACUAAGGGGGCAGCCAAGCUGAGUAGUUGAAAGACAUGCAGAGAUCCCCAAAAACAGGCUUUGGUGUCUGCGAGAAGGCAGCCAUCUUCUUCCGUUCGUCCUUGUGGCAACCAGAUUCUCUGCCAAAUGGUGGAGCACCAGGUGCAGAAGCCAACCGUGGCCACAUCCUACCGGUGAAGUGGACUCUAAAAAGGAGACCAGGGAAGAAGGGGCCACAGCUAGGAUAGCCAGAAGUCACCCUUAAAGGCAUUGUCCACAUUGGGCCCUGAGAAACACCCCUCUGGCUCAGGGUGUAAGAAGGAUGCUCGCUUCUGCCUGUGGGGUGCCCUGGUAGAGAAACCAGGACUCUUCUCUUUGCACAGAAAAGGCUGUGUGGUGGUGGUUGUCGUCUCCAGGUGAAAGAGUUACAGAUUCCUUCUGCCUUGGCCAGGAGCUCCCGUGGCCUUAUAGCAGCUGAAGAAUGCAGGCCUCCCCCUCCCCCAGAAUUAGUAAGCAGGGUCACCAGGCUGGGUGCAGCCUCCCUUUCCACUUUCACACCUAAUAUUGGGGGUCCUGGUUGGUCAGUCAGCAGCCCAGCAGCCCAAAUUUUUCUGCUGUUUGAUGUGAAAUGAGAAUUAGAAGAGAAAACAAGGACUUGGUGUCUGGGGAAGCAACAUUGCCAUAUUCUAUCUAGAUCCGUUCCAGUCCGGCUUCCGACCCGGAUACAGCACGGAGACAGCUUUGGUCGCAUUGGUGGAUGAUCUCUGGAGGGCCAGGGACAGGGGUUACUCCUCUGCCCUGGUCCUAUUAGACCUCUCAGCGGCUUUUGAUACCAUCAACCAUGGUAUCUUGCUGCGCCGGUUGGGGGGAUUGGGAGUGGGAGGCACCGUGUAUCGGUGGUUCUCCUCCUAUCUCUCCGACCGGUCGCAGACGGUGUUGACAGGGGGGCAGAGGUCGACCGCGAGGUGCCUCACUUGUGGGGUGCCGCAGGGGUCGAUCCUCUCGCCCCUUCUGUUCAACAUCUAUAUGAAGCCGUUGGGUGAGAUCAUCAGUGGCUUCGGGGUGAGAUACCAGCUGUACGCUGACGACACUCAGCUGUACUUUUCCACCCCGGGCCACCCCAAUGAAGUUGUUGAAGUGCUGUCCCGGUGUUUGGAAGCCGUACGGGUCUGGAUG